CCCCAGCUGAGUCAUUCCGUCGUCAAUAAUCGUGCCGCAAUGUGUUAAGAUACUUGUACCAAUAAAAUGCAGCAGGUCGAGGUCCCUGUUAUAGACAUCGCUCCCGACCAGGCCAAGCACGAGGCGAAACAAUGGCUGAACAACUACCAACACAUACGGACGCGUAGUCAAGCAGUAUCUGCAGAGCUCGGGCUGGGGUCUGGCUGCGAGGCACUGCGCGGUAAGGAGCUCAGCGAUGCCGCCCACGCGGCGUCAACAACGGCCCUACAGCGGCUGGAGAAGGAGGUGUGGGCGCAGGUCAAGCAGGCGCGGAAAGCCGUCAGCGCGGUCACAGUCACACUGACCACCGCCCGGCCGGGGCGGCCGCCCCCGGUGGAGGAGCUGGCGGCAGCUAUCGACGUGGCGGACCGGGUGAUCGGCGACGUGCGCGACCAGCAGUGCGCGGCGCUGGAGUCCCUCUACCAGGAGGAGGCGCAGCUGGAGGCGGAGAUUGAGGCGAUCGGCUCGCGGCUGGAUGAGGAGCUGCUGCAGGAGCAGGAGCAGGCGGCGGUGCGGCAACAGAUGGGGAUGCUGGCGGCGGGGCCGGCGACGGCGCGCAUGGCGGACGGGCCGGCGGGCCCCUCGGGGGCGGCGCGGUCGCGCCCGGUGAGCGCCGGGCACAGGCGGCCGCCGUCGAGCUCGAGGGAGCGUCGCAUGUCCGGCGCCGGCGUGCGCGGGGGGAGCGGAGCAGGAGGAGGUGGCGGAAAAGGUGGUGGCAGCAGCAUCCUGGCUGGCGCUGUGGGUGGCGGCAGCGGUCUUGCGCCGGAGGUGGAGGAGUAUGAUGAGUUCACGGCCAGGCACGGCCCCACGGGCGGCUGGGACGCUGAGGACCAUGAGGAAUUCCUGGCUGUGCUCAACAGCUGCGGCGGCGACUACACACACGCAGUGGCAGUAGUGCUGGAGAGGGCGGUGGGGUACUCGCGCAAGGAGGUAAUGGACCACGCGCGCUGGCACAUGGACCUCGUGGACCUGGACGCACGCAAGCGCGCCGCGCUGGAGCGCUGGCGGGCCGCCAAGCAGCAGCAGCGGGCGGCCCUGGCGGCGCAGGAGGCAGCGCUGUUCAGCGACACAUCCAAGCAGGCCCAGCGCGAACGGCAGCGCGACCAGCAGCAGCAGCUGGAGGAGGUCCUGGUGGGCGAGGCCAAGAAGGCCAUGGUGGCGAGGUGGAAGGCGGAGCGGGAGGAGCAGCAGCGCGAGGCGGCGGAUGCGGCGCGGGCGCGGGCGGAGGCGGCGGCGGCGGCCAAGCAGGCGGAGGUGGAGGCGCGGCAGGCAGCCAACAAGCUGCGACUGCAGAUGGUGAAGGAGGCCAAGGCCCGGCAGCGCCGGGAUGUGGAGCGGCGCGCCGCCGCUGAGGCCGCCAUCACCUCCGCACUGUCCGCGCCCACGCCGCAGCAGCGCCAGCGAGUGGCGGAGCGCAGCGCCGCCGCCUUCCAGCGCCGCCAGUCGCUGCUGGCCUCGCAGGAGGCGGCGCGCGGGCAGCGGGAGCGGGUACAGGCACAGCUGCUGGAGAAGGUGCACGUGGAGGCGGCGCCCGACCCCGGCCGCCUGCUCAAGGGCACGGCGGCGCACAUGCAGCGGGUGGAGGCGGUGCGGGCGGAGGAGCGGCGGCCGCAGGACAGCGGCUUCAUCCUGCACAGCGCACGCCGCAUCACACCCGGCUGGCGGGCGGGGCUGGCGGGGGCGUGAGGCGGCGCGGCGGAAGCGGAGUGGAGGACGGAGGUGGAUGAGAUUGGCGGGGAUGGAUAGGUGGGGGGUGGGUGGUUUGGCUUGGCUGCUGUGCGGCAGGCAUGUGGGCGGGAGGAGCGUGGGCAUGGCGGCUAGGCUGAUGAGAGGGCGGCUGUGUGGCAUGCUGUGGCGGGCUGGUGUCCUGGACCGCGGUGCCGUGCUGGCCGUCUUCCAAGGGCAUGG